AAAGCGGCCACUGAUACGGAAAGAGAUAUCCCCAGAUUCUUGCGCGCGCACCCCAUGUGCGCCGCUGCCAGGCUCGUCGGAGGGAGCAGUUCAAGUGAACCCCAGUGGAGCCGUCGCACCGCACGCCUCGCUCACUUGACCAACAGCAACAGCCAUCGAUUGCCCAGGCGAGGAGGCAGAGCGCCACACCGAGACGACAGCAACGAGCGGGAUGGCCGCCGCCGCCGCGGGGGACGAGCCGCGCGUCCGCGGCUGCCACAUUGUGGCGAUGCCGUUCCCGGGCCGCGGCCACGUCAACGCCAUGAUGAACCUCAGCCGCCUCCUCGCCGCGCGCGGCGCCGCGGUGACCUUCGUCGUCACCGAGGAAUGGCUCGGCCUCAUCCGCUCCUCCUCCUCCUCCACCGCCGUCGGCGUCCGUCUGCGCUCCAUCCCCAACGUCAUCCCCUCCGAGCACGGCCGCGCCGCCGACCACUCGGGCUUCCUCGACGCCGUCGCCACCGAGAUGGAGGCGCCCUUCGAGCGCCUGCUCGACGGGCUCGAGGGCCCGCCGCCCGCCGCGCUCGUGGCCGACGCCUACGUCCCCUGGGUCGUCGGCGUCGGCAACCGGAGGGGCGUCCCCGUCUGGCCGCUCUUCCCCAUGGCCGCCUCCUUCUUCUUCGCCUACUACCACUACGACCGCCUCCCGACCUGGCUUACCGGCGACGGUAAGCACGCGCCGGACUCCGGUGAGGUUGUAGAUAACUCUGAUCAGAGACUUAUGCACUAUAUCUCCAGCCAGGCUUCAAGUUCAAUAAGAUUGUCUGAUCUCGAGCCCUUAAUUCACAACAAGAGAACAGUAAAGCAUAUCCUAUCAGCCAUCUCUAGUAUUAGAAAUGCUCAAUGCCUCCUUUUUACCACCAUGUAUGAGCUUGAGGCCAGUGUCAUCGACUCUCUACGGUCGGUACUCUCUUGCCCAGUGUACCCAAUCGGCCCCUGUGUUCCCUACAUGACACUUGGAGACCACAGUUCCAUGUCCAAUGGGGAUACCAGCCAAGGAGACUACUUCACAUGGUUGAAUUCUCAACCUGUGAGCUCAGUGCUAUAUGUGUCCCUUGGCAGCUUUGUCUCAGUGUCAACCUCGCAGCUUGACGAGAUUGCAUUGGGCCUAGCGGCGAGUGAGGUCAGGUUCUUGUGGAUUCUUCGUGAACAAUCCCCUCAGGUGCGAGACCUCAUUGGUGACACCGAUAAGGGGAUGAUACUGCCAUGGUGUGAGCAGCUGAAGGUUUUGUGCCAUUCCUCAGUUGGGGGCUUCUUGACCCAUUGCGGGAUGAACUCGACACUUGAAGCCAUCUUUGCUGGUGUACCUAUGCUUGCCUUACCACUAUUCUUUGAUCAGCCAAUUGAUGGCCGAUUAAUUGCGGAAGAGUGGAAGAUUGGCCUGAACUUGAGGGAUUGGGCUAACAAGGAUGGUCUGAUUGGGAGAGAGGAUAUUGCACGUGCUGCAAAGAGGCUGAUGUCUUCUGAUGAAGCUGAGGCAAAGGCAGUGAGGAGACGUGCUCUUGAGUGGAAAGAGGCUUCUCGCAGAGCCGUUGACAUGGGUGGAUCUUCAUAUUGCAAUCUGAGUUCAUUGAUGGAGAUGGUAUGUGCUUCAGAAUAAGAGAGGGAAUUCCUUAUUUGACACUGGAAUCAGCAUGGUAUGUACUGAAACCGCUCUUGUCAUACUGUAGUGGUUUUGUAAUAAUCAAUGUUUCAAAUAUGGAUGCUACAAUCAUCCCUCUUAAAAAAUUUACGAGAUUUCUGAAAGGUGAUGCAGAUUUUUUUUUUAUAAAGGAAUGCACAGAGACAGAGUUACCUUUAUGUAGUUGAUGUGUGACUCUCUGUCAUCUUUUAAACAUACAAUAGUACUUAUUGGUAGAUGUUAUAUUGUAUCAAGCACCGAAA